ACUGAAUCUGAAUAAUAUAUCGACAGUAAUACAUUCAACGAAUCUUCAUAUUACAGUUCAAAGUGUGUAUUGUAUUUAAAUACAAACCCUUCAAAAAUGUGUUUUUCAUCUGUUUGACCUUAAUUGCUUCAUUCUUACAUUUGCACGUCACGUUAGCGCAUAUAAUCCGUACUGUUGACAGCUCCAAACUAUUUUACAAGGUGAAACUUUAUCAUGGACGGUUUGUAAAAUAUUUACCCAUCUUAAAAUUGAUUAUGGAUGUCAACAUUUCUAUGCUCUUAUUCAUCCCAUUAAGCACACGACGAGCAUCGAUCCACACGUCGGGCACUUUACAGGUAUCGCGGCACGUUGACAGUGGUCUCUGCAGCAGUGCGCUGGCGCUUCAUGGGAACCUUCACAUGCGAGCGUUUGUUUCGUCGGACUGUUUUUUUAUGGCGCACCGCACUCCGGCGGACUUUUUGAUUUUGCUGUGCGGCGCUGGGUCCGUCUGCCCUCCAUCACGUCUGUGAUGUUUGUACUUCGUGUCCUCAGCGCGCCGCGCGUCUCCUCUGCUGCUCCCUCACCACAAACACACGCCGUUAGAUUUCACUUAGCUUGUAAACUCGUGUCGAACUGAUGUCAUGUUAGUGAGCGUCCGCCUACUCCCACCUAUGACGGAACCAGUAGAUCUUCUUCAGCAUGAGCACCUCAGGUCCUCCCUCGAAGAAGAAGAGCUACAUGGGGCAGCACCAGGUCAAGAAGAAGCAGUGUUUCCAAGCUGCUGACGGGAGCAGGCUGGUCCAAAAACCCCACGUCGUAUCCGGCAAAUCGAACAUGAGCAAAGACGGCCUCUCGGACGGAGGAGCGGGAGAAUCCACAUCGGCUCUCGACGAAGAAAUUCUGCAGGUGUCGGACGCCGUAGACCCGGUGAGGCCUGCGCGUCCGACCACGCCAAACGGGGGUGCGCGGAAAAAGCCGGCAGCGCCGCACCGCGGCACCCGGGAGGGGGGCCGGGGGCCUGUUGGCGACGGGGAGCGACCGGGAGGGCGAGCCGACUGCAAAGACCUGGCACAGAGGCUUCUCUUCGGCGAGGACUCUGAGGAGGCGGAGUACGCUCCGAGGGGCCCGGAGGACACCCGGCCCCCACCGGCUUCCUCCCGCAUCAACGCAACGUCCCGUCAGGGCAUAAAAAACGCUCCGCAAGCAGGCAGCUCCAGCAGUGAGCAGAAGCUUCCGUCCAGGAGAAAAAGCUCUCCACCUAGCGGGUCAAAGGUGGAGGCCGAUCCACCCCUGGAUGUGUCCAGGGACUACAUCUUGUUCAGCCCGGGCCGCCUCGCAGCCGCGGCGAAGAAGGCCAAACUCCAGCCGUCAUUCCAGAACCAGUCCGCUUCUGUGCUCGUGGUCCCCAGCGGUUUGGACCUGAGCACUCUCAGCGACACGCUGCCUCAGCAAGGCAUCGCCUUCUGUGCUCCGGCGGGGCAAGCCGAAAAGCUGCUGCUCUGCAACUGGGGCUUACCAAAGGCUGUCCUGGCGUGCUACCAGAAACACGGCGUGACCCACAUGUUCGAAUGGCAGGCUCAGUGCCUCGCUGUCGGACAGGCGCUGCAGGGAGGCAACCUGGUGUACUCGGCCCCCACGAGUGCGGGUAAAACUUUGGUGUCGGAGUUGCUGAUGUUGAAGCGCGUGCUGGAGACGAAAAGAAAGGCUCUCUUCAUACUGCCAUUCGUCUCCGUGGCUAAAGAGAAGAUGCAUUACCUUCGGAGCGUGUUUGAAGAGGCAGGAGUUCGCGUGGAGGGAUACAUGGGCGGCACCUCGGCUGCUGGAGGAUUCGCAGCGCUGGAUGUGGCCGUGUGCACGAUCGAAAAGGCCAAUUCUCUCGUUAACAGGCUCAUUGAGGAGGACGACAUGGCUCUGCUAGGUAUGGUGGUGGUGGACGAGUUGCACAUGGUCGGUGACUCUGGAAGAGGAUACCUACUAGAACUGCUCUUAACCAAAAUCCGCUACAUAGCGCAGAAGCAGAACGCCACUGGGUCUCUCUCUGAGGGCGUGCAGAUCGUGGGCAUGAGCGCCACCUUGCCGAACCUCGCCCUCCUGGCCAGCUGGUUGGGUGCAGAGCUUUACCAGACGGACUACAGGCCCGUACCGCUGCAUGAGCAUCUCAAGGUGGGCCGCGACAUCUACGACAAGAGCCUGGCCGCCGUCCGGCGGUUCACUCCGGCUCUCCGCGUUAAGGGCGACGACGACCACAUAGUGAGCUUGUGCUACGAGACGGUGAGCGAGGGCCGCUCGGUGCUGCUGUUCUGCCCCUCAAAGAACUGGUGUGAGAAGCUGUCGGACAGCAUCGCCAGAGAAUUCUACAACCUCCGACACGCCGAUCGUCAGGGCGAAGCAGAGCCGAAGCCGGUGGGUCUGGAUCGGGAGGGACUCGUGGACGUCGUGGCCCAGUUGAGACGAACUCCAGCUGGUUUGGACCCGACCCUCCAGCGAACGGUGCCGUGGGGGGUGGCCUUCCACCACGCCGGUUUGACGUUUGAUGAACGCGACGUGUUGGAGGGAGCCUUUCGUCAGAGCACCAUUAAAGUCCUGGCCGCGACCUCCACCCUCUCCUCGGGGGUUAAUCUCCCGGCUCGCAGGGUCAUCAUCCGCAGCCCGACCUUCAAUGGACACCUGUUGGACCCGCUCACGUACAAACAGAUGGCAGGGCGGGCGGGGAGAAAAGGCGUGGACACCAUAGGCGAGAGUGUGCUGGUGUGCAAGGAGGCGGAGCGUCAGAAAGGUAUCAUCCUCCUCAAGGGCGUUCUUCAGCCAAUCAGCAGCUGCCUGGUGAGAAGGGAGGGAGACGGAGUCACCACCAGCAUGCUGCGAGCCAUCUUAGAGAUCAUCGUCGGCGGGGUGGCCAGCACUCCACAGGAUGUGCGCUCGUAUGCGUUGUGCUCGCUGCUGGCUGCCAGCGUGAAAAGGAACGGCAAAGAAGCGGCGAUGGAGGACACCAACAAAGGCGCUAUAGAGGCCUGUGUCGAAUGGCUGAUGGAGAACGAAUUUAUCAGCGUCCAGAAGGACGGACAAGCGGAGCGCUACCAUCCGACCCAACUCGGUGCUGCCACCCUUUCCUCGUCCCUCUCGCCUCCCGAGGCUCUGGGAAUAUUUGCAGAUCUCCAACGGGCCAUGAAGGGCUUUGUGCUUGAAAAUGACCUGCACAUUCUCUAUCUGAUCACGCCCUUGCACGCAGAGUGGACCACCAUAGACUGGUACCAGUUCUUCUGCCAGUGGGAGCAGCUGUCGUCGUCGAUGAAGAGAGUAGCGGAGCUGGUGGGCGUCCAGGAAGGUUUCCUGGCGAGAUCUGUCGGCGGGAAACUCGUCGCCAAGACGGAGAAGCAGCGGCGGCAGAUGGCUGUUCACAAGCGCUUUUUCACGACCCUUGUGCUGCACGAUCUGGUGAACGAGGUGCCUCUGGGAGCAGUGGCCUCGAAAUACAACUGCAACCGCGGGCAGCUGCAGUCCCUCCAGCAGUCUGCUUCUACUUAUGCAGGUAUGGUGAUGGUGUUUUCCAAGCGCCUGGGCUGGCACAACAUGGAGCUGCUGCUGUCCCAGUACCAGACCCGGCUGAGCUUCGGGGUCCAGAGGGAGCUGGUGGACCUCGUCAGGGUCUCCCUGCUAAACGCCACACGAGCCAGAGCGCUGUACGCGCAGGGCCUCUGCACGGUCGCUGAACUGGCCCGGGCUACAGCGGCCGAUGUGGAGAAAGCCCUGAGGAACGCCGUCCCGUUCAAGAGCUCGAAGCGCGCCGUGGACGAGAGCGAGGUUGAGGCGGCCGAGCGCCGGGGCCUCCGCUGCGUCUGGGUCACCGGCGGCCGGGCCCUGACGGAGCCGGAGGCCGCCUCCGAGAUCGUCUCCGAGGCCAGGCUGCUCCUUCGGGAAGACCUGGCGCAGUUGGGAGUCGAGUGGGACCCGACGGCUGUCCCACCGGGGGCUCCUGCUGCGCGGGGCGGCCCGGACGCCCGGUCUGCAAUGCGUCGCACCUCACAGGAAGCGCGGGGCGACAACGCAAAAGAUGUCCAGGAAGGAGACGGGGUGGAGGAAAGGGAGGGUGGAGAUACCGCCGGACACGGGGAGGCGAAUAGAUUUGAGAGAGCGAUGUCCGGAAAUAAAAUGGAGAAAGCGGAAGGAGGCGGCCGAGGGAACUCUAGAGGGGUAGACGGGGCGGCGCCAGAUAUCAGACAAACGGUAAACGCAGUGCAAGGGGAGAGAAGGGGGGCAAAUAAAACAUCAGCGACGGCGGAUGACUCUGAAGAUGAAAGAGAGAAGCACGACCGAUCCGAGCGGUGUGAGGAAUUGGCGCCGAAAGAAGGGGGCGUCCCGGUUGGACCAGAGACGUGUCCAGGGACCCGUCCUGGUCCUGAAAGGAGCCUGACGCAGGAGUUGGCCGAGAUCGUUUCCAGCCCGCUGUUUCCGUCAGAGGCGCAUCCUCAGCCCUCCUCCGCCCCAAUGCCCGCCCCCCGCUUUAGAGCGCCGGUGUCCCGCGGGGAAGAACGCCACCGAGUUCCUACCUCGGAGCUCGCCGAGUCUCCCGCGCAGCCGGGACGACUGAAGCACUCGAAAGCCUUAAGGAAAGUCCUCCACUCCAUACAAACUGACAAAGGCCCGCAGGAUCCCGUCGAGCCCUCGGCGGUUCCCUCAGUCCAAAAUCCGUCGCCUGGAGACGGUCGAGCUGCUCGAACGACCAGGGCAGAUAGGCUAGACUCCCCGCGGGACGCCAGCCCGGCCCCCGUUCCGUUGUUCUCCCCCGAGGCAAAGCGCCGCAGGACGGACAGCAGGGAGGCGGAUACGUUCUCGUCCCCUGAGCUGUACGCGGCGGAUGAAGAAGAAGCCGAGGGGCCCGUUAGGAAGGGGGAGGAGAGUUUCGGCGACAGCUUGGAAUUGGACACCCAGACGGAGAGACUCAUCGUUCAGCGCCAAGAUGGGACCAUCGGCCAUCCGUCAGCAGGAUCGGAGGAGAACAGGGGGGAGGAAACGGCGGCGGCGGCACACGAGGGAAGUAGUGCACGUCCAAGAUUCAACAUUUCCAUCACAGACAGCCAGAUGGAGCUCAUCCUCGACAGCAGCCCCCCGCUCUCUGCGGGUCCUGGUGGGGAUGACGGCGCUGAAGGUGGAGGCGAUGACCAGAGCAUCAACAGAAGCAGCAGCUUCCUGUUUGACAGCCUGCACGGGAGCUCCACGCCCUGUCUGAGCCCGCCGCCGACAUCCGGCCAGUCGGACGAAGAAGAGGAGCCCGCCGGCCGGGAGGUCGGAGGCCCGCCUCCGUCGACCCAGGAGCGGAGGCGCAGUGAGCUUCUCGCCAACCAGGAGGCGGAAAGGCAGGAGGCCGUCCAGUGGGGCGAGUCCUCCUUCAACCUGUCGGAGUGGGGCGACUCGCUGCUGGUCGGCGAGCGCUUUCUGGAGAGACGGAGCCUGCUCAGGAGGUCCGAGGGAACCGAGGAAGGUCAGCGACCCGGCGGCGAGGACGUUCGGACCACGGAGCCGCCGUCGGAGUCACAACCCGAACCCACCACAACGACCACGUCUCCUAAUGAGUACGACGAGGACAACGGUCAAGGCCUUGCACGCAAAACUAAACGUGGCGGGAGACAGGAAGUGGCGAAUGAAGAGGGUGGAAAUGUAGAGACGGAGGAAAUCAACACUCUGCUCUCAGCUGAUGCAGUUUUAAAACAAGUCCAGGAAUCGACCGAAAGCUCUUUUUCUUGCAGCCAUGGUUUGCAAGAGAUCUUUGACCGCUGGCCCAGUAUGUCCGACCAGCCUUUGCCAAACACCACAGCGGCCUCGGGAGCCUGCGAAAACGCUGCAAAUACGCCACGCGUUCCCGAUCGACCUCCCUCCUUGACGCAGGGCGUCCGAGAUGGGGCAAAGCGGGACGCGCGGGCCGCGGGGAGCGGUUCUCCAGAGGCGGAAUCCGACCCCAAGAGCGCAGCGGAGAGACCGGGCUCUGCCGGAGAUCUCAUUCCCCCGACGCAGGAAACGGCGCCCGUCACCCCCCGGGUGAAACUCACCACCUCAUCCGUCCGCUCGCCUCUCGUCGCUCAACCCAUCGACCGGUCGGCCUCCUCGACCCUGCGGCCGCGGAAACCGGCCAUCGCAAAGCGUCCCGGGUCCCUCACAGGACACGGCGACCCUCCGUCGGAAGCCAUCGCUCGCACAAAGCGGCCCGACUCCACGUCGGAUCCCGACCGCCGGCGCCGCCCGCGCCACAGCCCGUCUCCCGCCUCCCCCCAGCCGAAGCCUCCUCCUCCUCCUCCUGCUGCGGAGUCGCCCGAGGCGGCGGGGGCAUCUGCUCUCCAGCAGCCCCAGGAUGCGUCACUCACUCCCAGCUGCUCCGGGUCGUUUUCCAUCGUGGACGUGGCGAGCGACCGGCGCCUCUUUGACGCUUUCGUUAAGGAGUGGAAGACAAAGGAGCGCUACUCCCUGGCUUUGGCCUGUGAGAGGAGGGAGCACGGGCAGAAGCCGGAGGAGCAAAUAGGGAAACCCAAGAGAGCGUCAGCAGCUCAACCAAAGCUCCACAGCGGCGACGGCUUCCCGGUAAGAGGCCGUGACGGGCUGGUGUUGAUCGGACUCGCCGUCUGCUGGGGAGCAAGAGACGCGUACUACGUCUCCCUGCAGCAAGAGCAGAGCAAAGGGCUGAGCUCCAGUCUGGCCCCGCCCCCGCUGGACCACAACCUGACCGUAGGCGAGCGGCUGCGUCGGGCGAAGACCUGUCUGACGGCGCCGGCAGCCGCUCACGGGGCGAGCGUGGUCGUGGCGUAUGACAUCAUCGAGGUGUACAAGUCGCUUGUGUUGAGCUGCGGCGUGAGCUUAGGGGGCAGCAGCGAGGAUCCCAAGGUGGCGUGCUGGCUGCUGGACCCCGGCAGCGAGGAGAGGACGCUACCCAACAUGGUGACCGUCUACUGUCCCGCAGAGUUGCCUCUGCUGGACGGCCUUGGGAACGCACACGCGCACUGCCCCCGCGUCAGGGCGGCGACCGAGAGCGUGCUUGCGCUCUCUGUCAUGAACCACCUCGCGGGCCUGCUGGAGAAGGACGGCAUGCUAGGUGUAUUCAGAAGCGUGGAGAUGCCCUCCCAGGUGUCUCUGGCGGUGUUGGAGUUGAACGGAAUGGGCUUCAGCGUCCAGGAGUCGGAAAGGCAAAAACACGUGAUGCAAGCCAAACUGGCGGCGCUGGAGUCCCAGGCGUACGACCUGGCCGGGCACAGCUUCUCCCUCACCAGCGUCGACGACGUGGCACAGGUGUUGUUCUUCGAUCUACACCUGCCUCCCAACGGGGACGUGGGCGGACCAAAGAGCAAGAAGACUCUGGGUUACACCAGGAGAGGAGUGGGGGGGCGGGUACGACUCGGCAAGCAGUUCAGCACCACCAAGGAUGUUCUGGAGAAGCUCCGCCCCCUGCACCCACUGCCGGGCGUCAUUCUGGAGUGGAGGCGGAUCACCAACGCCUUGACCAAAGUGGUGUUCCCCCUGCAGAGGGAGAAGCGGUACCACACCGGACUGGCCAUGGACAGAAUACACCCUAUUGCCCAGACGCACACAGCCACAGGUAGAGUCAGCUUCACGGAGCCCAACGUGCAGAAUGUCCCCAAAGACUUUGAGAUUCACAUGGCGACCGUGGUGGGGGAGAGCCCGCCGUCACAGGGCGGCUGUCACGUGACCUCCAGAUCCGGAAGGAAGAGACGUUCGGUGGUGCCCCGAGCUGCAGCUGGCUGCGCGAUACAAGGCCCGGCCUUCUCCGUCAGCAUGAGACACGCCUUCGUACCUUUUUCAGGCGGGAUGAUCUUGGCAGCGGACUAUUCCCAGCUGGAGCUGCGGGUGUUGGCUCACCUCUCCAAGGAUCAGCGUCUCCUGCAGGUGCUGAACGGGGGAGCCGACGUGUUCCGCUGCAUCGCCGCGGAGUGGAAAAGCGUCGACCCGGAGUCUGUGCAGGACGACCUCAGGCAACAGGCGAAGCAGAUCUGCUAUGGCAUUAUCUACGGGAUGGGCGCCAAGUCUUUGGGGGAGCAGAUGGGCGUGGAGGAGGACGACGCCGCCUGCUACAUAGAGAGCUUCAAGGCCCGAUACAAAGGGAUCAACGCUUUUCUUCGAGAAACCGCGAAGAACUGCGCAAAGAGCGGCUACGUCCAAACCCUGAUGGGCCGCAGGAGAUACCUGCCGGGCAUCACGGACGCCAACGCGCACGCCAAAGCGCACGCAGAGCGGCAGGCGGUGAACACCACGGUGCAGGGCUCGGCGGCGGACAUCGUCAAACUCGCCACGGUGAACAUCCAGAAGCGGCUGCGAGAGGCGUACCCCGCGGCGCCGCUCUCUCACCAGCACGCGCGGCCGGGUGAAUCCCACUCGCCCGCCCGGCCCCCUGGUCGCCGCGGGGUCGGGGCGUCCCGGCUCAGAGGGGCCUACUUUGUCCUGCAGCUGCACGACGAGCUCAUCUAUGAAACCACGGAGGAAGACCUCAUCCAGGUGGCUCAGAUAGUGAAGAGGGAGAUGGAGUCGGCAGUGAAGCUGUAUGUGAAGCUGAAGGCCAAAGUCAAGGCGGGACCCAGCUGGGGAAACCUGGAGGACCUGGAUAUAUGAAAGAUUGUUUAAAAUGUGCUAAAUGCAGGCAGAUGUAAGACGGAAAGUGUUUCCCUUCUGUAAUAUAUUACUACGUUAUCAUACUAAAAUGGAUAUUUUUAACUGCUACAUUACCAAUGAUGAAAUACCAGAUAAGCGCUCUCAAUGAAUUGAAUGUAUUUAUUAUAUUCUGUAAAACGGACUAGUUUUUAUUGCUGAUGUACAAUGAUAAUCAAUGUAAUUGUUUUUCCAUUUUAUUGGGUCGUCGGUCAGAUGAACAUACAACACUAGUUUUACACUGACAAUCAGGCCAAACCAAAAGGCUUGUUAGCAUGAUGCAGAGUAAAAGCCUCUGGUUACGGGGAGGGAAAUAAACUUGGAACUAAAGAGAA